AUGUCUGCCACGAGUUCCCAGCGGCCAGUGAUUGGCCGCCCGACUGCUCCUGAAGGCGACGAUGUGCUUGCUGCCGGGCCAGGUGCGGUCACCGCCGCCGAAUCCAAGCAGGCACCACUGGGGAGGUCUGGCAGCGUGAAUGCGGUCGAGACGGAGCCCACCCGCUUCGAGGUCUUCAUCGUUGAGAGACCUUGCUGCGCCUGCUGCAGCUUCCUCGCGGCAGCGCUCUUCUUCUCGAUGAUGGCCGGAGCAAUGUACCAGAGCAAGGUGGUGGUGUUGGCCACCCAGGACCAGUGGGACGUCGUCGGAGACCCAGUCGUGAUGCAAUUCAACGCGCUGCAGCAGGGGAAAGACCAAGACCCCGCCGCGUCGCUCCAGCAGGGCGUGGUCGCCGAGCGUAGCAAGACCCUCGCGAGCCUCAUCUUGAUUUACGAGGUCAACGAUGGCAACAUCAUGAGCGAGGAGAACUUGGCGAAGAUUCGUAAGGUGGAGAGCGUCAUCGUGGGCGACGCGAAGUAUAAAGAGCAUUGCUUGCUGACCUAUGCUUUCAACGCACCGAGGGCAGGUGCCGCUCGCACAACACUCCGCUGA